AUGCGCGCCUUUGCCGUACAGAGGAGAUGGAACAGCUCCCCACCACUUUCGGGAGGUUGCCUCGAGAAGUACGGGGAGCUGAAGACCAAGGGAGAGAUCCAAGAGGACCCCAGGCAGGAGGUGUGCAUGAAGAUGCUGGAUGACUUAGCCAAGCAGCUGGAGGGCUACUCCCCAAAGAUGACCCGGGCUCCCAAGGCCGCUCCACCCAAGGCAUCCUCCGGUGGGCUUUUCGGUGGUCUCUUUGGAGGGAGCAAACCCAGCACGCCCAAACCACAGGCAGACGCCCCUGCAAUCCUUCAGCCUGUGCCGGGCCAGAAGGGGCUCUACCUCUGGGGCGGCACCGGAACUGGCAAGACCUUCAUGAUGAACAUGUUCUACGACAAGGUCAAGGUUUCCGGCAAGAAGAGGAUUCACUUCCACGAGUGGAUGAUUGAUGUGCAUUCAAGACUGCAUAAAAAGCAGAAGGGCAGCAGCUCAAACACCAACAGCACGGCAGAUGACUUGGUGGAGCAGGUUGCCGCGGACAUGAUCAAGGAGGCGUGGCUACUGUGCUUCGACGAGUUCCAAGUCACCCACAUCAGCGAUGCCAUCAUCAUGAAGCGCAUCUUCUCUGUGCUCUUCGAGCUUGGGGCCGUGGUAGUGGCCACUUCCAAUCGUCCGCCAAAAGACUUGUAUCUCAAUGGACUCAACCGGCCCUUGUUCACGCCCUUCAUUCCCAUGCUUGAGGCCUUUUGCCAGGUGCAUGACAUUGGGGCAGAGGUGGACUACCGGAUGUGCUCCAUCAGGGAUGAUGAGGAUGACAGAGUUUACAUCUCACCCAAUGGCCCAGAUGAGAAGAAGCUGCUGGAAGCCAAGUUUGCCAAGAUCUGCGGCGGCCAUGUCCGCUUCGGCGUGCAGGUGGAGACUCAGGGCCGAAGGAUUGUGGUCCCAAGGGUGGCUGAGAACUCGGACGUGGCAUGGUUCCACUUCUCGGAUCUUUGUGACAAGCCGCUGGGGGCGGCCGACUACUUGGCCCUAGGCCAGGCCUUUCACACAAUUUUCGUCGCGGACAUCCCGCGGCUCACCAUGCAGGAGCGCGACCAGGUGAGGCGCUUCAUCACAUUGAUCGACACCUUGUACGAGAGUCACGCCAAGUUGAUUUGUGCGGCAGAUCUGGACCCCAUUUCCCUUUUUCAUGUGACGGAGGAGGAGCGCAAGACCUCGGUGGCAGACGAAAUUUUUGCUUGGGACCGCACAGUGAGCCGGCUCAUGGAGAUGCAGUCGGCCGCCUAUUUGAGCGCUGCGAGCAGGGCGUUGAGUGCGGAUCAAUUCCUUGGGCAGUACAAGCUGAAGAGCUUGUCGGACCAGGACUUCAAAGAUUUGUGGCGGCGCUAUGAUCAGGAUGACAACGGCGUCCUGGAUAUGGAGGAGUUCCAGAUCCUGUUGGGGGACUUGAUGGAGCUGCAGGUGGGCCACCGCAACAUCUCGGAGGAGCUUUUCCAGGUUUGUUUGGAGGACCUCCACAGCCAUGGGCAGACGGUGACCUUCCAGGACUUCCAGAGGUACUUGGGAGACUUCGCCACAAUUGAGACAGUGAUCCAGGAGCACUUGAGGCCCGCCACGGCUCCCCAGCGCGCUAUGGCGUGA